AUGUUCAAAAAAAGGGCAAAAAGUACUCGUACUAAAAUUAAUGAAGAGGAAAUCAGCAUUGAUACAGGUUCUUCCAUACCUGAUGUAAAUUCGGAAAUAGAAAAGGAUCAAAAGAAAAUAGUUAAAGGAAAGACAAAAGAAGAACAAGAAGAAGCCUUUAAAAUAACAAAGAGUGCAGCGAGUCGUCGGCUCACGAAAUCAAAAUCCAAAAAACUUCAUCUUGAUCAUAAACCGAUUCCUCAAAAUUCAGAUCCAAUAAUCGCAUCUUCCUAUACCGAAGAAAUUUUAUCAGAAUUACGUGCCAAUACUCCAGCAACACCAGCCUCAUUUCAAUCUCAAGAUAAUCUUGGAGAAAAGUUUCCAUUGACUCUUGAUCCUAACUUUGAUAUACCCGAUGCUGGAGCUAUUAAUGCUGCUAAAAAAGAAAGAGAGAUGCGACGAAAGAAAGGACUAUCCAGUAUUUUAGAUUAUAUUCCAUUAUCAGAGGACACAGAUGUUAUAGCUUCAUCAGGCAAAAAAAUGGAGUCAAGAUUAGUUCGAGAAGAGGACGAGUUGGGUGAAGCAGAUGAAGAACUCGAACAAUAUCUGAACGAAAAAUUGGCUAUUGGAAAAAAGGCCAAAAGAGAACAAGAACGACUUAAAAAAGAGGACAUUGAAGAAAUGAUCAUGGAUGUAAAUUUUGAGGAAGAGGAUGUUGAAUUAUUGCAGCGAGAGUUUGAAGCCAUGAAAGCAGGUGGACACAAUCCUAAAAAGUCUUCGAAACGAAAAUUCGAUAAAACACAACCGAUUGUGAGGGCUAGAAUUCCCAUCAUUGUUCAUGUACCUACGUUAAAUGAGGUUCAAUCGAGCCUUGAAAGUCAAUUGAUGGAUCUACAAGUAAUGCAUAGUAAUCAUCAAGCAGAACUCAUCCAAAUUCAAAAAGACAUCGACAACCUUACGUCUUCGAAUGCACAAAUAGAGAUUGAGAUGCAAAAUACGAAAAAUCGAUAUAAUUACUUUCAAGAUCUUAAAACAUUUGUCGAGAAUCUUGUGGAAUUUCUUGAUGAUAAGUUUCCAACACUAGAGGAACUCGAAAAUGAUUACCUGGAAGUACUUACUAAAAAGUCUCAGCUUAUUCUACAAAGAAUUAUGGAAGAAGAUUCUGAUGAUAUCGCCGUGUUUGCCAAUAUAAGUAUUAAAGAUGAUUUGUCUUGCGAGCAAAGACAGCAAAGACGUCAUUAUAGACGACAGAUUCGAUAUAGUUACCGGCCUGAAGAAAUUAAUGAAGAAGGGUUUUCUACCGAUGAAGAACUUUAUGAUAAAGAAAUAGAAAAAGAAAUUUAUGGAAAAAUAGAUGAAAUUUCUUAUAAACGUACCAGUCUAUUUGAUGAUGUUAUUGAGGAAUUUAAAUCAAUUGCAUUAGUCAAGUCUAAAUUUGUAUCAUGGAAAACUGAAUUUAAUAACGAUUAUACAAAAGCUUAUGGCGGUUUAAGUUUACCGGGUGUAUUUGAGUUUUACGUUAGAUAUGAAAUGAUGUUAUGUAACGCAUUAAAGAUUAAUGAUAUAAAUGAUAUGGAAUGGUAUAAAGUUAUUUCUGAAUAUUCUGCUGAAUCGAGUAAAAAUCAAAUGGAAACAGAUGAUGAAGAUUUUACUGUCUUGACCAAAGUUCUUGAAAAGAUAGUGUUACCUAGGAUAGUGCAUUUAAUGAAAACUCUGAAUCCAUAUUCCUCACGGCAGACAAAAUCUCUCGUUGAUUUUUUAAAAAAGACAUUAAAAUAUGUAGAUAGUAAUUCCCAAAGAUUUCAAGAGAUAAUUAUUACGGUAUCAGCACGUCUUCAGAAUGUAGUUGAGUCUCUUGAAAUAAUACCUGAAAAUAUAAAUAUAAAAUUAUCAGAUUUAAAUGAUUCUAGCUCAGUAACACGAAAUCGUUAUUUUUGCCGCAAAUACAAGCUGCUGAAAAGCCUUAUAAUGUGGAAAGAAUUCGUUCCUAUUGAUAUAAUUCGAUCGUUAUCCAUUGAUCAUUUACUUAAUCGAUAUUUAUUACAUAUUUUAAAGAAUUCAUCGUUAAAAACAGAUCGUGAAAAGUAUCAAAAGAUACUUGAAACUAUUCCUAGCGAUUGGCUUCAUUCUUCAACAUUAGAAACAAUAGCACGUGGAGCUGCAGGGUAUUAA